AUGGCGGGGACGGCCAUGGAGCCGUCUCGCCCCGUGCGAAUUACCUUGCGCUUCGGCAGCAACGGUGGCAAUCCACAGCAUCACACGCUGCGCCAAGGGCAGGAGGACUGCCUCCGCAUCGGCCGCGACCCGGCCAGCGAGGUGCCCGUGAACCUGCCCGGGGUCUCCUGGGCCCACGCGGAGCUGCGCUUGUGCAAAGGGAGCUCCGCCGAGCCGUCCCUGUGCAGGGCUGAGAAACGUUGCGGCUCUGUGGCAGUUUUUCGGCAAAUCUCUCAGAUGCCUUCGCGACUUGUCCUCGAACGGCACGGGCCUGAAGGACCGAGGGACCUGCAGGGGUCCAGGAUGGCAGGCUCUCGGAGUCUCCGCAGGACGGCUCCGGGGGCAUCGCGCGGGUGA